UGAGCAAAGACCCCGCUGCAUAGCAUUAUACCCGCAUAUGAUGUACUAAAGAAAGCAUGUGAGUGUGUCUAUGAGGCAGCAUCUACCGGAACGAGUCUUGAGUGUGUAUUUAUGAGGUAGAGGGAGCCUCUUUGUAUUAGUAUAUAUCUUUGUAUAAGGCUCCUGUUACUGUGAAGAUCACAUACAAUACACGUCACUGCCUUUGCCAGUACAAAAGAAUCAUUAUAAGAAUAUCUGAAAAGUUCAGUUACUUAAGACAAUGUCUGACAAAAACCGAACCUCAGACCUUCCUGAUGUACACGGAGGGCGUCUAGAGGAAAACCCGGGCACUGGGCUAUUAAAUGCGAAGGAAGAGGAUGAGACAGAUGACAUGAAUAGUCAUCAGACUGAAAUACAUUGCUCCCUCCCUGCCGAUGAAGAUAACGCUGAUAUAGUGAAAGUUGAGAUAACAGAAGAUCUGUGUGUGAGGCAUCAGCUGGAAGCACCAGAUGAUAAAACCAGUUGCAGUAUCAGCCCAGGCCGUAUGGAUGUGACGCCUUCAGAUGGCUCAGUAGUUGAGUACAGAGGAGAACCGUAUGUGUGUGAUCACGUGAAGACUGAGGAGGAUGAAGUUCCUAUCAAUACGGCUACAGGUGAUGUUAAGACUGAAGUCGCACUUAAUGCUGAACAAACAAAUGAUCUGUAUGUAAAGAGUCAGCAGGAAGCCGUGAAGCAGGAAAUCGGUGACAAUAUCAGUACAGGUGAAAAUGAUGCUAAGAUUUCAUGUAACAUGGAACAAACAGAAGAUCAGUGGCUAAGAAAUAUUCCAGAACCACCAGAGCAGGAAAUAUGUGACAAUAUAGGUAUAGGUAAAUUCACAAACUGCAAUAAUCCUAGUCAUGAUCAGAGUGCAGAUUGUGGGAAAUAUUUUCUUAAGAAAUCACAUCUUUUCAAACAUCUAAAAAUGUAUACAGGAGGAAAAGGAUUUUCAUGUUCUGGCUGUGGGAAAUGUUUUAAUAAGAAAUCAAAUCUUAUUACCCAUCAGAAAAUUCAUACAGGGGAGAAAGCAUUUUCAUGUGCUGACUGCGGAAAAUGUUUUACUGUGAAAUCAACUCUUCUUGUGCAUCAGAAAACUCAUACAGAAGAGAAAUGUUUUUCGUGUUCUGACUGUGGGAAAUGUUUUACUCAGAUAGCAAAUCUUAUUAUGCGUCAGAAAAUUCAUACAGUAGAAAAAGCAUUUUCAUGUUCUGACUGUGGAAAAUGUUUUAUUAGAAAAUCAAAUCUUAUUAGGCAUCAGAAAAUUCAUACAGGAGAGAAAGCAUUUUCAUGUUCGGACUGUGGAAAAUGUUUUAAUCUGAAACAAACUUAAUAAGCAUCAGAAAAUUCAUACAGGGGAGAAAGGAUUUUCAUGCUCUGACUGUGGGAAAUGUUUUACUCACAAAACAAAUCUUAUUAUGCAUCAGAAAAUUCAUACAGGAGAGAAAGCAUUUUCAUGUUCUGACUGUGGAAAAUGUUUUUUUAGAAAAUCAAAUCUUAUGCACCAGAAAAUUCAUACAGUAGAAAAAGCAUUUUCAUGUUCUGACUGUGGAAAAUGUUUUAUUAGAAAAUCAAAUCUUAUUAGGCAUCAGAAAAUUCAUACAGGAGAGAAAGCAUUUUCAUGUUUGGACUGUGGAAAAUGUUUUAAUCAGAAAGAAA